GCUCUCAAGCCAUAUGGCUUAUCUUCUAAACAAGAUGACAGCGAGCCAUGAUCGUACCGGUACUCUGUGUUUUUGUUUGAAUGCCACAGUUGCCAACACGAGAAUGACACAACUUCGGGAUAGGCAUCAUUACGAAUUCAAGGACAUUGAUCAGUUGGUUUUGGUGAUCAAUGUAGGGAAAUUACCAGACAAUUCUGUCUACAUUAGGAGUGACAUUCAGUCUGGAAGUCAUUGGGUUUUAGCCGUUGUUAAGUUAUCAACUAGUGAAAUAUUUUACUGUGACAGCAUGACAUGGGGGGUACCAGCCAAUCUGUUGGUUAGGAUUGAGGAAUAUACCUCAUUCUUCAAUGUCCGGCUGUCUCCCAGUUCCAUCAAAGUUUGCCACACUCCAACACCAAUUGGACAAUUACAUCGCUGUCAAGGCGGCUGCACAAAUUACCCUAUUCAGCGUUGCAGCAAUGUUUGUGGGGUGGUGGCUCUAUGCUGUGCUGCUGUAGCUACAUUUGAUAGACCACUGUUUGAUUUUCUAUGUGGAGCUAGAACCAGUGCAUUGACUUAUCUCGGUGAUCCAACUAGAUAUGCCAAGUACCUUCGACAUGUGCUUAUAUCAUGGUUCAUCACGGGGAGGAUUGACAUUAAAAAUAUCAGCUUGAAAGAGAUUCCAAGAUCAAAGCCAGUGCAGCCAUCACAUGCUGUCAUCCCUCCAACGUUGCCACUGUCUGAACACACCUAUGCUCAAGUUCUUAAAGGGAGGAUGCAGAGAAAAAGGAAGAUGUCGAACUAUGAAAAUAAGGAAAAUGGAAGACCUGGCAGUGAAAAGGAUACUUUUCAAAGUCAUCCAUCGCAACCAAAGAUGAAAGUGAAAGUUGGUGAGGGCCUCAGGCUUGCACAAGAAGAGCCCGUUUCAGAAGUACAUGUCUCUCAUUCAGUCAACCCAAAACCCAGAGACUUGGUUGAACAAAGAAAGAUCCAUAGUGAUGGAAAUGAUGGAAAGUGUGAUGAGAAGCCAGCUGGCACUAACACAAAGGAUUAUCUUGUUUCCUGUGAAACAAGAAAAGAUGACACCACAGGCCAAGCGGAAGCCCCAUCAAAGUAUGUUUGUCCAUACUGCAAACUUCAACUUGCUAGCCGUCAGUCAUUGCACCGUCACAAGAAGAACAAACAUGCAGACGAGAAAAAGAAGAACCUACAAGGGCUCAAUCCAAUGUUACAAGUGCAAGACAUUUUGCUGUGGCACUAUGAAGAACUCGUUGGACAUCUGAACUCCAGUCAUGAUCACGUCUUCCAGAUACAGCAGGCCGAAUUUGCUUCAAACAAGGAAUACGAGGGGUGGAAGUCUGACCUGGAGAGUCGUAUGAACUUCUUUCAUCAAAGCAUAUGGAAGCAACAACUGUAGGAACCAUGUGACAUCUUAUUAUUAUUGCAAUCGCGCAGGGACAUACGAAACCAAAGGAACUGGCAAGAGGGCUCUCAAAUCACAAGGUUCAUCCAAGAUAUCAGGACAUUGUUCUGCUUUCUUAAAUAGCACUACCUACAAAGACACUGGUAAAGUAACUGUUGAAUACUGUGUUGAUCAUGUGCAUGGGACCAAAAUUGGCCAUCUAAAAAUGUCAGAAACGUUACAGUCUUUUAUUGUUGGAAAACUUUCAAGUGUGUUGACUCUAAAGUCCUUCUUGAUGAAAUUUCGUGACAGCAUGUCUAAACUGGAUGGGCGUGACAAGCUGGUAACACACAAGGAUAUACUUAACAUAAAAAACCAAUACAAAAUUUCUGUGGCAAACAGAGACAGUAAUGAUAGCAAAAGUACAAAAAUUUGGGUGAAUGAUCUGCGGGCACAAGAUUAUGAUCCAAUAGUUAUUUUCAAAGAACAGGGUAUUGAAGAGUUUGGGCUUGAUAAAGAUAAUUUUCUACUUGGUAUUCAGACUGAAUUUCAGAGGGAUGUUAUGCUUGAGUAUGGACCUUCUGCAAUUUGCAUCGAUUCCACACAUAAAACCACCCAAUAUGAUUUUCUGGUCACUACAGUCGCUGUAGUUGAUGAUUAUGGUGAGGCUAUUCCAGUGGCUUGGCUAAUUUCUGAUAGAGAAAAUGAAACUACACUUGUUCCUUUUUUGAAGCUCUGAAGCAGAGGGUAGCUGAUAUCAAGUGCGUGACAGUUUUUAUGAGUGACUUAGCCAACAACUUUUACAAUGCUGGUGCUGUGUAUCCAAAGGCCUGUUCAGCGUCUGUACUGUAAUUGCACAUAAAGAAGAAUUGGAAUAGAAAUGUACUGUCAAAGGGUAAAAAGGGGAGAAAAGCCAAAAAGGAGUAAAUGUGAUGCUAGAAAUCCUCCUUUAUGAGCCUGAUGAAAGUAAAUUUAGGAAAUCACUUGCAGAAGUUGUUACCAGACUGGAACUUGCACCAGAAUUCCAAAAGUAUUUCGUACUUCUUAUGUUGUAGAAGACAAGAUCAAACUGUGGGCUACAUGUUUUAGAAAGGUACCAUCGUCAAUACUAACAUGUAUGUUGAAGCAUUGAACAGGGUUCUAAAGAUAUAUACUUCAAAAGAAAACAAAAUAGAAGAGUGAUGAAUUAUGGUUACAUUACUAACAAUUGCUAGGGACAAAGGACAUGAACGCUUCAUCAAACUGGAAAGGGAAAAGUAACAAGCAAAAUAAAGGACACCAGAAAAGACAUGGUCCUGGCGUUGAUCUUGUGGGGGUGUUGAAGUGGUUACAGAGGGAAUGGCUUGGAGUGUCCCUCUUCAUCUUCAGAUGGUCGGUACAUUGUUGAGAAACAGAGAGUCCUGUAAUUGUAAACUAAAAUGUCAUUUCUGUAAUGUUGCCUUCACAUGCUCACCUGUACUUGCCUGGAUUUUUUAAUUCACUCUGUUGCAUGCAAACAUGUUCACGCUGUUAAAAUGUAUUGUGAUGCCAGUGAUACGACACCAAGCAGUGUGAUAGAAAACACUGACAAUAAUUCGGAUAAUGAGACGUCUGAUGUUGUUGUGGAUGAAAAUCAAAAUUAUGCAGAUUAUUUUGAAAAGGUUCUUUGUAAAUCUGCUGUGGAAUUAGAGCAAGACCUUACUGAUGUAAAGAAGGCAGCUACUGACAAUAUUUCUGACCUCUUGAAGGUAAUUGAAUCUUCACAGGAUGCAAAUGCUGUCCAGUGCUCCCUUAAGUAUUAAGGUGCUGUAGCAACUAUAAGGGUCUUGCAGUUGUCUUAUCAGACAAAGAUUUGAGAAAAAGGACAGUUUUUUCAUCAAAUAAGAAAUUUGAACCCCAGACCAGGUUUUAUAGUACCAAAACAAAAGAAGAAAGGGCCAUCAGUUUUCCAAAUUUUUAAAACCAACUUUACAAGAAAAAGGUGAACAAAGGAAAAAAUUGA